UAAAAAAAAUCCCUUGCGGACACUCUCCUUCAGGUCCUCCUUCCUUCUUUUCUGUUUGCAAUCAGAAACACGGGAAAAAGAUAAAAAAAUGGGCAGAGGAAAAUUCAAGGGCAAACCCACCGGCCACCGCCAUUUCUCAACUCCGGAAGAACUCCGUGCUGGUAGCUCAGCUAGGCCCCGUACUUUUAGGAAGGAAGAAGCUGAAGUGGAGGAAGUAGAACAAGAAGAGUCUGAAGAGGAAAUAGAAGAAGAGCCUGAGAAACGGAAAGGGACCCAAGGGCUUAUUCAGAUUGAGAAUCCAAAUUUAGCUAAACCAAAGAAUGUCAAAGCUAAAGAUAUUGAUAUGGGAAAAGCGACUGAACUAUCAAGGCGUGAAAGAGAGGAGAUAGAAAAGCAAAAGGCACAUGAACGAUAUAUGAAGCUGCAGGAACAAGGGAAAACUGAGCAAUCAAGAAAAGAUUUAGAGCGCUUAGCCAUGAUUAGGCAACAGAGAGCAGAGGCUGCUAAGAAGAGAGAAGAAGAGAAGGCUGCAAAAGAACAGAAGAAAGUUGAAGCCCGCAAAUAAAUAGGU